AUGUCUCAAAUCCCAAAACAAUUUCAGCGUGGCUUCAAAUACCCCGUCCUCGACCAGGAUCUCCCUGGCACGCAGCAAAAGCUCGACCCUCCACCUCUGAGUGAUAUUACCGCUGACGGAAAGCCAUACAAGGCUGCCGGGAAGCUCGAGGGCAAGAAGGCCAUUGUCACUGCAGGGGACAGUGGUAUCGGUCGCUCUGUCGCUCUCCUCUACGCUCUUGAGGGUGCGGAUGUCACCUUGACCCAUCUUCCGCAGGAGAAGAAGGAUGUGGAAGAGACGAAGAAUGAUAUCGACAAGAAGACAGGUGGCAAGCGCAAGAUCACCCUUGUCGAAAUUGAUCUUGGCUCCGAGCAAAAUUGUCAAGAGUUAAUCAAGAAGCACAAAGCGGAGCAUGGCGACACAAUCGACGUCCUCGCUCUCAACCACGGCCUCCAACACGCAAACACCGACAUAACCACCCUACCCACCGAAGACUGGAUGGAGACCUUCCAAGUCAACCUCCACUCCUUCUUCUUCAUUGUCAAGGCCGCUCUUCCAAGCAUGCCAGAAGGCGGCUCCAUCGUCAUGAACGCCUCCAUCAAUUUCGCCAUCGGUCAUCCGGAGCUAAUCGACUACACGGCGACGAAGGGUGCCAUGAUCGGAUUCAUGCGUGGUUUGAGUAACCAGGUUGCGCCGUCGAAGGGUAUUCGUGUCAACGCCGUCGCCCCAGGACCUAUCUGGACACCGCUCAUUCCUGCUACUAUGACAAAAGAAAGCAAGGAAACUUUCGGAUUGUCGACACCACUCGGACGUGCAGGCCAACCGGUCGAGAUCGCUACAUCUUUCGUUUUCCUCGCCAGUGCCGAUUCCAGUUACAUCACUGGUCAGGUAUUCCACGUCAACGGCGGCAGCGUCAUUAACUAGACCUUGGCG